GUUUUACGGAAAAGUGAGGUUAGGUCGACUUUAUCGCCAUCUCUUGGCCAUUGAGGAUUUGCAAGAGCAGAAGAUCUGGCAAAGGUGUGUGAAAAUCGCCCCAAAAUAGGAAAAAACAGCCCCCGUUUUUACAAUGACAGGAAGGAGCAAAAUUAAGUCGAGGAAGCCUCUAGAGACGGCUUUGGGGAGGGCCCCCAAAGACAGUGAGAAGGGGGCCGACUUGUCACACCUACGUAAACCGAUCGAGACUAGUGUUUUUGGGAUGAAACAAGUCUUGUCUUUGUUUCAAACAGCCACGUCUGAAGUCAAAGAAUAUAUUACUUAUGAAUGCGACGUUCUGUAUGAGUGUCGAAUAUGUCGAACUAUUUUCCGAAGUUUGGCAAACUUUAUUUUACACAAGAGAGAAUACUGUCGUGAAAAGUUUUCAGUAGGGGGUGGCAGCAACCAGGGUGGCGGUUUUGUUGUUAGUGAAACGCCCCCAAAUGAGGGAUGUGCUACACCAGAGGAAAAAGAUUCGAAGAAGACGAUUUUACCAAUCAUUGAUAAGCUUCUGAAAAGACAAAAAAUCCGGCUUUUGGCCAAAGAAACUCUCAGUGAGGAUUUGUCAAAAGCUGAAAAUUCAGACGACGAUGAUGUUAUUUUCGUUUCGGAGGAAAAUAACCUCGUUUUGGAAAAAAUAGACACUUCGAAGGCCGCUGUUUUCCAGACUGCUGUCAAGAAGGAGGAAACUGGGGGAUUGAUGAAAUCUGAAGUGAUGGAAAUCCACGGAAUUUUGGAGAACAACGAGGCCGUCGUCGGCAGCAAUGGCAAAGUGUGCACUUUCGAAACAAACAAAGUCAUCUCAAAACCAAACAUUCCUAAACAAGACCUCGUCUGCACCGAAUGCAAGUUCACCUUCUCCACCGAAAAAACCCUAACUCAUCACAUUAAAUACAAACACAACAAAACAUGCAUCGUUUACCCUUGCCCUGACUGCAACGAAACCCUCUCAAAUGCGUGGAGUGUCUACAGACACUUAUACAAAGUCCAUCGACGCACAUCGGCCCAAAUUCGGCGAAUGCGAGAUUUGAUCCACUCUAGCAGAAUCAGAAAAUGGCAAAAACCGGAGAAGAAAAUCGCAAUUGAAGAACGCACCGAAAACGAAGAAAAUCAAUGGAUGGACAACUUCGAAGGCGACAAAGACUUGCAGAUGUGUGGGGGCUGUGGAAAGCGAUUCGAGCGAAAGGCAGCCCUCCAGUCGCACUCCCAGAUGUGCACCAAGAGGAUCGCAGUGUGCAAUAGCUUGAAAAGUGGGAAAAUCAAGUCUGAUAAGAAAAUUGAUAAGAGUGAAACAACUGAGAAGAUUUUGAAAGGGGCGGCGCGGCGAAAGCCUACUCUCAUUUCGACAUACAAGAAAAAUGAAACAGUUGAAUCGCCGCCUCCUGAAAUCGAAGUUUUCACUAUUUCGGAUGAUUCGAGUGAAGUCCCGGAAACGGAAGAAGACCGAAACACACUCAAGAAGAAACGCACCACUUGGGAAUUCGACCCGAAAACAAUUGAAAUCUCCGAAGAAUACAAGACUUAUCUGAAUGAUGAAGCCGAUCAUUGUUUCCUGGCCAAAGCCCUGGGUUAUAUGGACAAAACGGCCCUAAAGUGCAUCCCUUGUGAGAGCACUUUCGUGUCGAUUUACCUCCUGUUGCGCCACAUGUCGGUCCACUUCUCUUGGUUUCGAUUUCAGUGUAGCAAAUGCCCGUUUAUGUCGUUUAAUAAGUACGAUUGCACCACUCAUGCUAAUAGCCAACACAGUGUUCCCAACACUCUAAUGGAGAGCACAGUGUUGCCAAUCCCAAAAUGGAAGGUUUUGUGCACGUCGCAUGAUUUUGAGCAAGUGGUGGAGGAAAUGCCCCAUUUGGAGAAGUGUGGAGAAGCAAUUGUUCUCGAGGAUGAGGAGAUGCCGAUGCUUUCGUCGGAUGAUGAGAAGAAGGAAACGAAAGCGGGGCCUUCCAAAGUCGAAAAUAGUCGACCGAUUCGAAACAGAACCAAAAGUGUGAAGACAGUGCAAGAUGAUUUUAUUUAUGAUUUGGCCAAGGUUUUGAAACUUAAUGAUAAUUCUAUCAAAAAUAAGAGAGCGAAAAAGAGUGGAAAAACUUGCAAUAAGAUAAUUGCAUUAUUGUUAAUUAUUAAAAUGUCGGCGGCGAUGCUCACAGCCGACUGGUUCCUCUUGGGCCGAGAUUUAUACUUUCGGAAAUUCGAAAUUUACACAAUGGGGUGGCACCAAGACAUCAAUUUGGAGAAUUUCAUUGCAGCGUCAGCCCCGUAUGGGGGCCCCAUCGCAAUCCGACGCGACGACCACAAAUUCAUCAAAGUGCAAGGAACUGGCCAACCCAUCAUUUCCAUUUUUUCAGGUUCUGGAAAGCAAAUCACUUCGUUCAAAUGGACUAAAAGGCCCAUCGUGUGUAUGGGGUGGUCAAACGACGAGAAAUUGAUUUGUAUUCAAGAAGAUGGGGUUGUGGUGUUACACGACAUGUUUGGGAAGUAUUUACACACUUUUGUGAUCAGUCAAAAAAUCCAAGACGUGAAGGUUGUUGAUGCGAAAAUUUUUACAAGUCCGCAAAACCGGACAGGGAUUGCUGUGAUGACGUCAAAUUUUAAAAUCUUCCUUAUUAAUAACAUCCAAGAGCCCAAGACUAGACAACUUUCGGAGUUAAUCAGGUCAAAUUUGCACCCCACGAGUUGGGUUGUAAUCUCCGAGGAGCCUCACACCGAGGUCCUCAUCGCUCGUGAGAAAGAACUCUUUCGAUUGAAACAAGACGAGCACCAUACCAGUGUCAUGCUAGAACCUGAUAUUUCCAUCAAUUAUUCGUCAAUUUUGGAAAUGGCAGUCUCAUUCAACGCCCGUCACGUGGCCCUCUUCACCGAUUCGGGCUACUUGUGGCUAGGCUCGUCAAAUUUACGCACGAAAUAUUGCGAAAUUGACACUAAUAUAAUCCACAAACCCAAACAACUCGUCUGGUGUGGCAACGAGUCAGUUGUGGCCUAUUGGGAGAGGGACAAUUCGCUUUUGAUAGUUGGCAAACAUGGACAGAAAAUGAUGUACACUUAUGACAGUUCGGUCCAUCUCAGUCACGAAAUCGACGGCGUGAGAAUUAUCUCAAACACCCAACACGAAUUAUUGCAAAAAGUCCCCGAUGUUGUGCAAAAAAUCUUCAGGAUUAAUAGCACCGAUUUGGGAAGUUUUCUACUAGAGGCGUCUAAACACUAUCAAAAACGGAGCCAUCGCGCAAAUGAAUACAUUUGUUUGGUGAAACAAGACUUGGCAAAGGCUGUUGAUCAAUGUAUCAAUGCUGUGGGGUACGAAUUUGAUACAGACGUCCAAAAAAUGUUAAUCAGGGCCGCACAAUUCGGCAAGUGCUUUAUUGCGUACAUGAAUUCGGACAAAUAUGUGAACAUAAUUCGAUUAUUGCGCGUUUUGAAUGCAGUUAGGGACCCCAAAAUCGGAAUUCCGCUCACAUUUACACAAUUGCAAUUUUUGGGCCAGAAAGUGCUCCUUGACCGCUUAAUUAGACGUAAAGAGUAUUACCUCGCUUUGCAAAUUGCUAAAUAUUUAAAGAUGCCGGAGGAAGAGGGCACUAGUCACAUUUUGGUCCAUUGGGCGAAAUAUAAGGUUGGCCAAUCGCACUUAGAAGAGGAAACAGUGGCCCGAGAAAUAGCCGAAAAGUUGGGAAACACUGCUGGAAUUUCAUACAGUGAGAUUGCCAGCACUGCGUCCCAAUUUGGUCGCAAAAAACUAGCCAUAAAGCUGUUAGAUUACGAAUCAAAAGCUAGCGAACAAGUGAAAUUGUUACUAGAAUUGACAGAAAACACCCCAGCUUUAGUGAAAGCGAUCGAGAGUGGCGACACUGAUUUGGUGUAUAUGGUGAUAUUAAAACUGCGGGAAAAAAUGGCGCUUGGUGAUUUCAAAAUGACGAUUCGGAGUUUCCCAGUGGCUCAGUCUCUCUAUAUUAAAUAUUGUAAAGAACAUAAUACUCAAGCUUUGAACGAAAUUUAUAUCCAAGAGGACGAUUUUAGUGCCCAAGCUCAGACUUUCAUCAUGGAAAGUCUCGACGACAAGAAAACACACAUGCGAGACUCGUUGCUAACUUCAGCCGCUGAAGCUUAUCGAAAAGGGCGAAAGGACCUAAACGCGUCCCUUUGUGAUGAUUAUUUGAAACUGUCACGAUUCCAGAGACAAGUGGAUGAGAAAAAUGGGCAAGAAAAAUACACCGGAAAGACGAUUCACGAAACGUGUUUGUUGCUUUUGAAGAGUAACGAAGUGAAGUUGGCUGAAAAGUUCCGAAACGAUUUUAAAAUCCCCGAUAAGAGGUAUUGGUGGUUGAGGAUUCAAAGUUUGGCCCAUUUGGAAGACUGGAUUGAGUUGGAGAAAUUCUCAAAAUCGAGAAAAUCCCCGAUUGGUUACGCGCCUUUCGUCGAUAUGUGUCUCGAGAAGAAUAACCGAAAUGAAGCCUUGAAGUACCUACCCAAAGUCAGUGAAGAUUUGAAAGUGAAAUAUUACAUUAAAGCAGAGUGUUUGGAAGAUGCAGCGAAGAUAGCGUUCGAGCAGAAGGACAUCCAGAGCCUGCUUUAUGUCCAAGCCAAGUGUCCCUCCAACUCGAGUUUGUCGGAAAAAGUUAACUCGUUUAUUAUGCAAUUAGAUAAUAGGAAAUAAUUGUGAUAUAAAUAUAUUUAGACAGAUAAAUAAUAAAGUCCCUACUUGAGUAUUUCACGCGUUUCACGC